AUGGGUAUACUGGAGUUUUGGGUGGUCUUGAUUGUUCUUGGCUUUUGUUUACAAGCUCAAGUUCUGAAUUCUCAGAACUUCACGUGCAGUUCAAAUGACUUGAAGGCAUUGAGGGAUUUCGUGAGUGCUGUGGAAUCACCUAUUGGUGGGUGGGACACUGAUUCAUCUUCCAAUUGCUGCAAUUGGGUUGGGAUCACAUGCAAGUCUUCAUCUUCUCUUGGACUAAAUUACCCACUCAACUCCAGCAGGGUUGUUCAUGUGGAGCUUGGACAGAGAAGACUAAGGAGCAGAUCUGGAAGCUGCUUGGCAGAUUGCAGUAUCAGCUGAGGCAUAUAUACAGGUAGGCGAAUGUGAUCGCUGAUUUUCUUGCCUCAUUUGCUGUCCAAACUGACACAGAUACUGAUUUUUCAGCAAAUGGCAUUCUGCCAUUGUCUGGCAGGCU